AGCAGGUUCCUGGCUCCUGCCUGCCCCACUGGAGCCUCCUCCUGGACUGGUUUUUAGUAGCCUCGACUCUAUUGUCUUAAUUUUCAGCCAGGCCUAAUUUAGAUCUUAUCUGACUCAUUUAAACGCUCUUUGUGAUGGCUGAGGAUGGUCCUAAGUGACUAAUAUAAUCCCCCAAAAUAUAAACACAUCCAAAUCAGCUCUGGGAUGGGAACUGGUGCUUGAUGGAUGGUAUCCUGGAAACAUGAGCCGUCACACAGCCUGUUGCUCCUGUAUGCAUUUCCUCUGGACUGGAGCUAGCUUUUGUUUUAUUGUUUCCAUCUUUAAUUGAGAAAAAACCUGCAGCUUGUCUCGCAUGGUGUCUCUGAAGAACAAAGGGCAGGUGUUGCAGUGCAGGAUGUUGUUGCCCACCCUCCCCCUGGUGCCGUGGUUCCUGGGGCAGCGGCACAGCCUUGUCCCUUCUGGUGUUGGUGGUGACAGCCUGGGGCUACCCCCCGACCCGAGGGGCUCUGGGGGUAUCCUGUGCUGCAGCCAGCACUCGUCCCUUGGUGGUUUGUGUCUCCACACUGAACUGUUUUGUUUCCUGAGCGACAUCUCUGGACAAAGUAUUGCCCGCCACAAAUCCCCGCGCCUGCCCUGCGGGAGGAAGCACAGUUGGCUUCCAGGAAAGGUGUUCAGACCCCUGAGUCUGGAAAACCAUCAUUCCCUUCGUUCCUUCAAAGGCUUCCUGUGGGGUGGAAAACAUUCCUGCUGCGUAAGCUUGCUCCUUCCACCCCGUGCACGCAACCUGGUGAUGUCCCUGUGCUGUGUCCUCUGGGCUGGCGGAAGGUCUGAAUUCAGGGAAGAGAGGUCCCAAGGUGGUGGAAGAGGGGUUGGGUCCACUAGUCAGGGGCUCAGUGAGUGAGAGCUGCCCUGGGGGCUCUGCCACAUCACUCUGAGCUCAGGGCCAGGUCCCCUGACUUGCUCCUGGCUUGGUGGCUGUGCCAUUGGGACUGGCCCUUGUGCAGCUGGAGGGUUGUCAGGUUUCCAUGACUUCAGUUUCCUCGGUGUUGGCCCCUCUGCGGGUGGCUGGGGCAACUCUGGGCACUUCCAGGCCCAAAACACAGGGAGUGCAGCACAAGGUAUGGGCUUUCUCAUAACUGCUGAUUUCUUGAGGUCCAGGAAGGUCUGGGGAAGCUUCUUUUAAGAUAAGACAGUUCCAUAAAUACCCAGCUCUCAAUCAAACACUGAUUCAGGGAUUUUCUCAGGGUUGUGGGACAGGGAAGUGAAACUCUGGCACCACAUAUGUGUCCAAAGGUUCCCAGACUCAUUUCUGGGAAGAGCCUGGCAGUGUGGGAGCAGCCCUGGCCAUGGCUUAUCCCAGGGUUGGGCAGGGGGGCUCUGGUGGCUGCUGAAAAAUCCGGGAAGUGGCUCUGUUAACACAGGAUGGAAGGGACAAAAACCCCAGCAUCAUAAAUCACCUGCUUCGGCUGAGUGUGCACAUUUGGAGGGGAGUGUUUACAGAGCACUUCCCUUGCUCAGAGGCCUCCUGCACCCUCAGAGAAUUAAUGGCAUGACCUUAAAGGGAUGCGUGGCAUGCCCAGUGCUCUCACAACAGUUCCCAGAUGGGAAUGUCCAGGUCCUGUGAUGACACUGGGUGCAGAGAUGGGCAUGUCCCUCCCUCUUUGGGACCUUCCCUGGCCUUGGCUGCAGCCUGGCAGGAUGGGAUGGGGCAGAACAGGACUCAUCUCUCCACGGGGAGCUGGGCAGGAAUGAGGGAGUGAUGCAGACCAGGCGUGGAGCCAGGACAGAUGCUUGAGGCUGAAUAGUGCAGGGUGUUCAACACUUUCUCUGUACUAACACUUUCUCUAUCAGUACCACAAGACCAAACCUCACAGGAUCACCUGUUUCCAUGCCUGAAACACCCUGUUUGAGCAAUAAAUGCACCCACCAACAGGGCUGACCACGGGCCCAGGCUCUGCUUUUGGGGCAGGAGUUGACAGGGCCCUUUCCACAGCUGUGUGUCACCAGCUGGGGUCAUAAAAUUCUGGUUUGCCAGGGGCUCUGGGGGAGUGAUGUAACCUGCAAAAAACAGGGAUAGAGCUGGAUCUGAGCUACAUCCCGGGGUGAAGGUGCCUGUGCAGGGCUCCCCAGUGGGGUGAUGAGAGCCUCUGCAGCCACAUGGGACCCUUUGGGGACAGGGGCUUUCCUGGGUUUGGAGGGCUGUCACCUUGGCUGGCAGCUGGGUGUUGUGCAAGAGCUAAACUUGGAAGAAAAUCAGAAACCUCCCUCUGGAAAUACCCCUUGGGCUGGAAGUUGUGGAGAUCCUGGGGCCGAUGCUCGUGGGGGCGGUUCCUAAAGGGCUUAAGAAGGGCUGAGAUUGGAGCCAGCAGCCAGAAGGAGACAGCCCCGGCCAGAGGCACCCACUCCCGGUAAAGGGGGAAGGAAGGAAAGAAGGGAAAACCAGCCCUGCUGCUGCACUGUGGCUGAUGGAGCCGGCUCCUCUCCUUCUCCUCCUCAGCUCGCUGUGGGGCUGCAGCGGGCGCCCCGCUGACAGGCUGGUGGUGACACCACGGGAGCCGCUGGUGUCGUUUGGGGGCUCGACAGAGCUGAACUGCUCCUUGGCCUGCCCAGGGGGCAAGGUGGAAUGGAGGGGGCUGGACACCGCCCUGGGGACCAUCUCCUCCUUCUCCACCCACAGCAUCCUGCACAUCAGACACGCCACCGUGGCCACGGAGGGCACGAAGAUCUGCCAGGGCAGCUGCCACGGGCAGCACUACCAGCAAACUGUCAAGCUGAAGGUGUAUGCCCUCCCAGACCCGCUGAGGCUGGAGGCAUCUCCCCACAUCCUGCUCCCAGGACACCCCGCCAACCUGAACUGCUCGGCCAUGAACCUGUAUCCUAUCACUGGGAUGGCCCUCACCUGGUACCGGGGCCACCAGGUGGUGGAGGACACAGACUAUGAUUUUGAGGAGACCGAUGAGGAGCUGUAUAACAUCGUUUCCACCCUGUCCGUGAAAGGGACAGAGGUGACAGAAGGGGUGGAGUUCAGGUGCGAGGUGACGCUGCACGUCGGGCAGGAGACCUUCACCCAGGUGGCAUCUCUGCUGGCAAGUGCCAAGGCUGUGAAGGAGCAGCCGGCGACCAUGGUCACCUCCACAGCCAGGCCCGUGGCCACCACAGCCCUUCCUCCAGGGCCGAGUGUCCCUACAGGUGGCCCCACCACAGCACGGGAGUCCAACACUGGGACCACCCUGGACCUAGCUGCUAUCACCAACCCCCUCUCCACGGAGCCCUCUGCGCCCCAGGACCUCACUGCAGGCAGCCCCACGGCACGCGUGGCCACCACUGCCCUCCCUGGCUCUGGCACGGUGGGGACAGGGCCAUCUACAGGGACAGUGCCUGCCUGCAGCCUGCAGAUCUGGUCGCUGCCUCCCACCGGGACGCAGGGCAGUGCCCUGCGCAUCGAGUGCCACGCUCGGUGCACCGGGAACGCCACGGUGGGCUGGCUCCGGACCCCCGCCGCCCUCUCGCAGUACCGGGAGGAGUCUGCAGGCAGCAGCUCCGCUCUGCGGCUGGACCACGCCGAGCCCUGGCACCAGGGCCGCUACCAGUGCGCCCUGCUCGGCCCCCGCGCCCAGACCGUCAGCCUGGAGGUGAUGGUGGUGGAUGACUCCUUCAGCUCCAGCACUGCCAUUGUUAUGGGGACAGCAGGAUCGCUCUUGGGGCUCAUCGUGACCGGAGCCGUGUCUCGAUGCGUUUGGAAACGAUUCAGAUCUCGGUAGCAGCUGUCCUAGGAGUGGGAGCAGCCGGCUGCAGCCGUCCCUUCUGUCCCCCUGUCUGUCCGGCCUCGCCCGGCCCCUGGCCAGCAAGGAGCAGCGGGAGCAGGAGGGGGAGAACUGCCGCGGGAGGAAAAGCCUGGAAGGGCAACGAGCAGAGUGACACAGGGACGCGUCCGGGACUGGAUCCCCGCGGGCUGGCACCGAACACGGGGCUGGGUCCAGCGUUUGGGGCUCGGCACCGGCGGACGGGCCGGAGCACGAGGGCCGCUUGUCUGUCACAACAGAAACUCCGAGGCAGCCCCGGGGGGAGCGUGGGCUCGGCGGGCGGGUGGGACCGGUGCUCCAAUAAAGAGCUGUUUCCAUUCGA